AAGGCUACUGAAUGAAUUUUCUGGAUUUACAAAUGAUUUAAAACAUAUUUUACAGCAGAAAUGAUUUAUGCAGAAUAGCAUUAAAAAAACUGAGAGGAUAUCAAAAAUCAGCAAUUACUUAAGAAAAUGAGGAAACUAAUUCACUCUGUGCUUUUCCUUGGGACAAGUGUAAUCUUACUGGGUGGUCUUGGCUGCUUGUGUGAAUAUGAUGGCAAAGUGGACACAGAAGUGGGACAGUCCAGGUCCCCUCACCUUAUCUUCAUCAUGGUGGACGACCAGGGUUACGGAGACAUUGGAUAUCAUGGUUCAGACAUUCAAACUCCUGCGCUGGACCAACUCGCAGCAGAGGGCGUCAAACUGGAAAAUUAUUACGUCCAGCCUAUCUGCUCACCCUCUCGCAGUCAGCUCAUGACAGGAUGUUACCAAAUUCACACUGGACUCCAACAUUCGAUUAUCCGACCUCGUCAGCCUCUCUGUUUGCCCCCAGACAUUCCCACUCUACCUGAACGUCUGGCUGAGGCUGGAUAUGCCACUCACAUGGUUGGGAAAUGGCACCUGGGAUUCUCCAGGCCAAACUGCCUUCCCACACAACGUGGAUUUCAGAGUUUCUUGGGAACCCUGACAGGCAGUGGAGACCAUUUCUCCUACCAGAGCUGCGAUGGGGCAGAAGCAUGUGGAUUUGACUUGCACGACGGGAACAGACCUGCCUGGGAGAUGAGAGGGAACUACUCUACGCUGCUUUACAUUGAGAGAGCUAAGAAGAUUUUGCAGAGCCACAACUCCCACACACCACUCUUCCUCUACCUGUCCCUCCAGGCUGCACAUGCUCCCCUACAGGCACCAGACCUUUUUCUGCACCACUAUAACGAACAGAGCAAUCGUCAAAGGCGUCACUAUGCAGCCAUGCUAAGCUGCUUGGAUGAAGGUGUUGCACAACUUGUUGAAGAGCUGAAGACUAGUGGGCUCUAUCAGAACUCAGUCCUGAUCUAUUCAUCUGAUAACGGUGGACAGCCACUCUCAGGCGGGAGCAACUGGCCACUGAGAGGAGGGAAAGGGACCUACUGGGAGGGGGGCAUCCGUGCUGUGGGGUUUGUCCAUAGUCCCCUUCUGAAAAGGAAGGGUAUUGUAAGCAAAGCACUUAUCCAUGUUUCUGACUGGUAUCCCACAUUGCUCGGGAUUGCAGGGAGCCUGCAAUCCCACCACAAUCUGGACGGCCAUAAUGUCUGGGGUUGCAUUGGCAAGGGCUUAUCCUGCCCUCGCACAGAAAUCCUUUUCAACAUCGACCCUGUGUCCAGGAAACCCGGGGAGCCAUAUGGCAAGGCAUUGGUACUCAAUGGUUUCGGGAUCUGGGACACUGCUGUGAGAGCAGCGUUAAGAGUGGGUGAUUGGAAGCUAUUGACAGGAAAUGUGGGUGAUGGGGACUGGAUACCACCACAGGCUCUUCCUGUUGGCCCAGAACAGUGGCAGAAACUCGAGAAGCGGCGCAAUAAGCUGGGGAAGUCGGUGUGGCUGUUUAACAUCAGCGCUGACCCAUACGAGAGGUUCGACCUUGCUGAGGUUCGACCAGAGGUGGUGAAACAUCUUUUGAUUAGGCUGGCAGAGUAUAACCACACAGCUGUGAUGGCCAGGAACCCACCAGAUGAUCCUAUGGCUGAUCCAGAACUACAUGGCGGAGUAUGGCGACCCUGGCUGGGCCUCGAGGGGCAGGAAGAAAAUGAAAAAGAUGAAUAUGGCAGAAAGGAGAAGAUUUUAAAGGUUAAACAUUGCAAAUUAUGCAAAUUAAAAGCCCUCUUCAAAAAAGUAGGGUCACGUCUGGAAAGAAAAACCCUUUUCUAAAUGUCUUUUUCAGGUACAUUUACAUACAGUACCCAGCAAAAGAAUUAAUACCCCUUGAACUAUUUCACAUUUUGUCACCUUACAACCCACUGAUCUCAAACUAUUUUAUUCUGGUUUUAUGUGAUACUAAAAACACAAAGUAGCACAUAAGUGUAAAACGGAAGGAAAAUGACAAAUGGUUUCAAAGAUUAUUCACAAAAAUGAAAAGUGUGGUGUUUAUUUGUAUUAAGCCCCCCCUCAAUCAAUUCUUUUUAGAAUGAUCUUUUUCUUCACUUACAGCUGCAGGUCUUUUAUGGUACAUCUCUACCAGCUUUGCCAUUCUAGACAAGAUUGCAAAAUAGCUCAAGCUCACUCAGAUUGGAGGAAGAGCAUUUCUGAACAUCAGUUUUUCAAAUUCUACCACAGAUUCUCAAUUGGAUUUAGGUCUGAACUUUCAUGGGUCAUUCCCUUGUAGCUCUGGUUGUAUGUUUAGAAUCAUUGUCCUGCUGGAGUGUGAACCUCCACCUCAGUCUCAAGUCUUUUUGCAGCCUCUAAUAUGUUUCUGUCCAGGAUUGCCCUGCAUUUAGCUCCAUCCACCUUGCAAUCAACUCUGAUCAACUUGAGUAAAAGCAUCCCUGCAGCUUGAUGCUGCCUCCAUCAUGUUUUCUUGGUGGGGAUGGUGCAUUCAGGGUGGUGUGCAUCAUUACUUUUCAUCCACACAGCAUUUUGCACAUUCUUUGAACAAUGGCUAUCACCUUACCACUUUUUAAUGAAGACCAGAUUUUUGGAGCACAUGACUAAUAUUUCACCUCUCAUCACAUUGCCCCACCUGAGAUGUGAGUCUCUGCAGUUUCUUCAUAGUCGGAUGCACCUUUGAAUAAUGCUCUCAUUGUCUGACCUGUUAGUUUAGAGAGACGGCUGUGGUGGGUGUGCAGUUGUGCCAUACUCAUUUUUGGAAAAGUAAGCUGAACAAACUCAACCCUGCUUUAAAUGUCUCCACAAUUUUCUCCCUGACCUGUCUACUGUGUUCCUUCGUUUUCAUGAUGCUGCUUGUUCACUAAUGUUCGCCAGCAAACCUCUUGGGACUCAAAUGGACUCUAUUUACUAAUAGAGUCCAUAGUUUUAAUUCACAGGUAUAAACUACUGUCAAUAAAAUCCAAAUAAUGUGAAAACAAAUACUUUAGUAAGGCAAAAUUAAUAUAGUUUGCAGUUACUGUAAAUAGAUUGCAGAAAUAUAUGUACAGCUGAAGACAAAUAUUACUAAUUCCUUUGAAAGUUUAUCAUUUAACAUAUUUAGAAGUAAUUUCAGGGACGCUGAAAAAGAGAAGAAAAGCCAGCAUCAGAAACGUGUGGAUUGAUUUCAGCCAUAUUGUGACCUAAUCCAGUAGAAGGUUAACAGUAAAACAAGAAAUACAGAAAUCUUGAUCAGCAGAAAAGAAAGCACAGGUCAGAUAGACAAAAACCCAAAACCACUUCCUGAAGGUCAUCAGAUUAAAAGGCCGUCUGACACGCAGAUAUGGCUGCUUGUCUGGCUGAAGAGGAUGACUCACUCCCUGACCUGCGGCCAAACUGCAGCACAAAGACUGUGGACCUUUGCUGGACUGAGCAGGCAGCAUAGUGUUUGUCACUGUGCAUUUAUUUCCUGCAUUAAGGAACAGUUUAAUUAGGACAGAUAGAACUGGAAUGGUUGUGUGGGGAAGCGAGGCCUGACAUGACCCCCUAAUCAUCUGAGAGGGCAUUUUUCAGAAUGAUAGAAAGAUACCUACCAGGGGCAGUUGUUAAAUGUCAUUUUGUGUUCUUAUUCUUAGGGGCUAUACAUAUGCAUUUCUGAUUACAGUACUCUCUUUUGGUCUUAAAAGACCUCUGACCUCUACAUGUUUGGCCACAGAGGCCCUAAAGGUUCAGUAGCUGAUACUGGCAGACUUUUGCGAACAUUUGUAUGUUUCUAUAAGUUCAUAUGUUAUGUAAUACAGACAACAGAGAUACAGAAAUUCAACUAAUCUAAAUACAGUAAUAAAAAAAAAAAAAUGUAGCUGCUUUUAAACAGCAGCCUACUGUUUGUCAGGUAGCAUAGUGUGUACCAAAUUAUGGUGAGAACUUCAGCACUUUUCUACAUUUGUUUUGUUGCAACCAGCUGCAAGUCUUUAGGGUAAUGUCCCUUUGCUUUGCACAUCUAUAAACUAAUCUGUAAUAGUUUCCUCAUUGUUCUAUACAAAAAAGCUAAAACUCCAUCAGAUAGCAUCGGCAAACAUCAGUUUUCAAGCCUUUUCACAGAUUCAUCAUUGGAUUUUGGUCUGGAUUUUGGUCUGGAUUUUGCGGGGCUGAAUAAAAAUGCAGGCCACACUUUUCAGAUAUCCAUAUGUAAACAAAUAUCACAAACCAUGUAUUUGUUUUCCUGCCACUUUAUAAAUAUGACUCUGUGUUGGUCUAAGACAAAAAAAUAAAAAUAAAACACCACUACUGAAAUUCUGUGAAGUCCAUCAAAAUCUAAUGACAAGAAGAGACAAGAGGACAACGGUACAAACUUUGUUUUGUGGCAUAAAGGUUAAUUUGCUACAAAAACCUCCUUUACCUCCAUCUCACCACAUAAGAGAGCAACUGGCUAUGCACUUGAGUUAUCAGUAUGAACAUCAGUCCCCAGGAUACCGUUCUAGGGAAGCCACAGCUUACACCAGUGCUGUCUGAUCUGGUGUGAUGUAUCAGCCUGUUGGUGAGGCUGAAUGCAAAGUGAUAGGAUUAGAUUAGAGAUGCUGCUAUUGGGCUUGUGCAGCAUCUACUCCAACAAACCACUUCAAAAUGGUUAGUUAGUUUCCACUCACUCCUUGACCCCAAUCUUUAGGUAUAUGUGUCAGACAAAUUUUGGAAUGCUUCUGACUGUGAAUGUCAGCAGCAAUCCCAUACACUGCAGCAAUAGUCCUGCAGGUUUCUCCUCAUGAUGAAUAUUCAACUGUCCUUCUCCAACAUCUUUUCCCCCCUCAACACGGUCAGCUGUCACACUUUCCUCCUUCUUGGCUUCCUCCUUUCUCUUCAUAUUCCCUAGCUCUUUAUUUAUUCCCUCUUUGUUUUUUUCGCUUCACUUUCCAUCCCACUUACUUGUUAGUGCUCAUUUUGUAGAUCAAACUGAAGUGGUGUUUUGCUAUGAGAUCUGUGGUGUACAGUGAAAUAUGAAGAGUGGAGGAGGAAGGAAAGAGGGUCCUUAGAGGGUGUAGGGGGGGCUGUUGUGUUUUCAAGUGCUUGGAGAAGUGCUUGUGAUCAGAUUAAAGUGUUGUUCAGUAAAAUUUUCUCAGUGCAUCUAUCACACUUUCUUACCUGUUACAAUAGAAAAAAGGUAUUGAGGCUGCAUGUAUUAAAUUUUUUACUCAUUUCAUUGUAACAUUUAAGAAGAUUGGUGAGUACAGAAGAUAUAUGUUUUAAAAAUAUUUUUGGUGAACUUUAGUCUACUGCGAAUAAAAUGUUUCUGAGGAAACUUAGUUUCAUAUGUACCAUAAGAGGGUUGACAACUUAAAUUUAAAGCCUUGUCAAUCACAAUUUCAGUAAUUUUAAGCUUUUUAAUUUUUGCUUUUACUGUAGAUAGGAAUAAAUGUGCCUUACACUAAUGACAUGUUCGCUCAUCUUUGCCAUCUUGAUGAGUCGCUUAGAGAAAUGGGCGUUUGAGUCACAUCACAUUUAUAUGCCAGGGAAACAGGCAGUGGUGGAUUGAUAUUUUAGGAGUUCCUGGACACUUUGAGAGGUGGAAAAAGUCAAGUACGAAUGACAAAAAAAUGUGCACCAUUCAUCAUAAUGAUACGCAACAGUGAUUUUCCUAAAAAUAGUUAUUUCUCAAUUUAUUACUUUCCCAACUGCAUAAAUGUACACAAAAAAGUUGUUUUUAAAUGUUUUAUCUUCAAGUGAUGCUACUGCAAUAAAAAAUGCAUUUAUUCAAAAGUUUGUUUUACACAUUUUUAACAGGGGCCCCAAUAAGUAUGAAGAAUGCUGUACAAAUAUACACCAUAAAAAAUUAUUUUUGAGGUUAUUAUGAAUUACCCAAUAGAAAAAUAUCACUUUUAAUCAAGCAUAUUAGUUUUUAAUGCUCAAUAAUUGUUAAAUUCAAACUUUAGCUACUUCAUGUUGGUAUUAUUACCAAAACAUUUGG